CAUGACCUAGCUCGGAAUUUUCGACCUCGACGGUGUCGAGGCCUCGGUAUCGAGACUCUCUUGCUUUCAUCGAAAGGAUUACUCGAGGGCCACUGGAUAUCGCGGGAGUCCUGAGCCAAGAGUUUCUAAACUCGAUGGAUCGUUGGAUGUUCUACGAUAGUUCCCGAAGACGAGGAUAGCUCUGAGGGUACAGUUGAGACGCGACGUGACAUGACCUGGACAACUGUGGAUCGAAUUUCUCUUUAGAUAGUUGGAGUUUGGUAUCUCGAGGUACCAGUUCAGGGAAGGGCUAUGUCUUAGUCCUUGGUGAAUAGAUAUCGGAGAUUCCACGGUAUUGUGAUAAUUCCGACUGCAGCAAAGACUUAGUGACUCGGUUGGAGCUUAGAGAAACAUCAGGUGUUUACUCUCCGCAGCAGAAUCAUUCGAUUGCUUCGAGAUUCUAGCAUUGGAAUCCUGUCAAGAAACCUGUAGACGGAUCAACAACGCAAUCCACUUCGACGGUGGUUUCUAAAUACCAGUUACGAUCGCCACUUGAGGAACGAUACGUGACCUUAACGCUACUUUCUCGAACUCGAACCUCUCAGCUUUGCGUUUCUGGCUGCACAUAUCCCAUCUUCUCUGUCCACCUCAACCGAAGGAUUCAUUACGCACCAUAACCUGGUCCAACGGUGUUCGACUCAACAACUCUCAAGAAGGAUUCUCUCUAUCACGCACGUGGCGAUUCCCGACAGUGAAUCGUCGAUUCUAAGCAUCGGCAGGUUUCCAGCGUCACUAGGAUUGCGCAACGUAGUUGAGGUCGCGCGGAAUGCGUUAGAAUACUUUGCUUACCGCGUGGGAUUGGCACACAAGCUCGUGGUAGUCCCGUCGUGUUUGCAACGGGUGGCUUUGAGCGCGAGAAGUCGCGAUAACGAUAACGAAGGGUUCACUGCCGAUCCAACCCGGAGGCUGCAGCAGCGAUCACCAUUAUCGGAAUAAUGAAGAGAGAAGCUGAUGCAGGCACGAUGACAGGUUCCGGAGGACCAACAAGUCCUCAUAAGCGUUACAGACAGGGUGACGAUGAACUCCGUCUUCUGAUACCCAGCAAGGUGGCCGGUUCGAUAAUCGGCAAGGGUGGCCAGAAUAUCACCAAACUCAGAAGUCAGUACAAAGCCUCAAUCAUUGUACCCGAUUGCCCCGGACCCGAACGGGUGCUUACCAUCAGCUCGGAUCUGACCACCGUUCUUCAGGUGUUGAACGAGGUCGUACCUAAUCUCGAGGAGAAUGGAUCUCGACACGGCAGCGAUGAGAUCGACGUGCGCAUGCUGGUGCACCAGAGCCAAGCUGGAUGCAUCAUCGGCAAAGGAGGCCUAAAGAUCAAGGAGCUCCGUGAGAAAACUGGAGCAAGGAUCAAGAUCUACUCGCACUGCUGCCCCCACAGCACGGAUCGGCUGAUCAGCAUCUGUGGGAAACCCAACACGUGCAUCGAGUGCAUUCGCGAGCUGAUCGCCACCAUUAAGACUUCGCCGUUGAAGGGCGUGAACAACCCCUACGAUCCGCACAACUUCGACGACUUCUACGCUGAAGACUACGGCGGCUAUGGAAGCGGCGAGGGAGGUCAGGGCAAAGGAGGUGGCUUUGGCGGAGGGCCGGGAGGUCGUGGAGGCGGUGGAGGCGGUGGCGGUGGUCGCGGUGGCGGAGGAAUGAUACCAAGACGCGAUCCUCGCAGUGACAACCGACCUUUCCCUAUACCGCCAAGUGGAUGCCUUCGAGGUGAGGGUGGUGGAGGCGGCGGAGGUGGUGGCGGUGGUGGUAUGUCCGGUGGACCACCCAAUCGCGGCUACGGAGGCAAUCGUGGCAGCGGAGGAGGCGGAGGUGGCGGCUACGAGGGUGGUCGAGGCGGAGGAUACGGAGGCAACAGGGGUGGACCUGGAGGACCACCGUACGGGGGUGGAAAUUACAAUGGCGAUGGAUGGGGUAUGCAAGGAGGCGGUGGAGGUGGUGGUGGAGGCGGAGGAGCGCCGAAUGGUUUGGGUGGCGGAGGCGGCGGCGGCGGUGGAAACAACUCUGGAAUGAGUGGUCCACCCAUGGGUGGCGGUAAUAAUCAAGGAAACCAGGGCAACAUGGGUGGAAACAAGACCAGCACUCAAGUCACCAUUCCUAAAGACCUUGCUGGAGCCAUUAUCGGCAAGGGAGGCGCCAGAAUCCGUAAAAUCAGAUCAGACAGUGGCGCUGGUAUCACUAUAGAUGAGCCGUUGCCCGGAAGCAACGAUCGCAUCAUCACCAUUUCCGGGAUGCCCAGUCAGAUACAAAUGGCCCAGUACCUGCUGCAGCAGAGCGUGCACGAGAAUGCAGACCAUUAUUAGGACGUGGUGAAGGAAGCAUUCGGGGGGAGCCAAAGAUGCGUUUGUAAUUUUUUUAGGGAUACUUCGCAAACGGGCAAGCAUAUUCACGCAAGAAGUGGAAACUGGAAACAUAAUAAACCUACGGACAUCAUCCGUAUAAAGGAAAACCAUACGCACGGAAACACACAGGUUUCUUCUUGUGCGUUGCCAGACGAACAAAGCCUCUCUCAGGAAGUAAAACUCGAUCAGCCGGACUCGACAAGGAGAGAAUCAUAAUUUCGAUUCGAUGGAUCUGCCUACAAUGAAAAAAAUAA